AGCCAAAGAUAUAUAAACUUUGAUAAAACGGUAUAAUUUUUCUUGUACAUUAAUUCAUAUGCAAGUAUAUCGAUUGCGAUAAAUGUAAAUAACGCAACACGCGAGUUGAAUAAUGUUCCAUGCUUAUUAUUAGUAAGCAGAUGCCUAUCUAUCGCUCACUAUUUAAGGCGUUCGCGAUAAAUGUUAAAUAUUUCACUUGUUACCGUAAUGAAUAUCGUAUACAUUAAGAAACGUGGUCAGUGAACCGCGCUUAUAGACGUGACGCAUGUCUUUCCACGUACACCGCGUGAUAAAUUUCACAAUUGUGAAGCACAAUAUACCAUUCCAUGUAUUGUUAACACACUCGUCCCUAGUCUACGUCGUUCUUUAUGCGCUGCGUCAUAGCGCGAGAGAGAGAAAUAACCAUCGUUUAAUAUUAUGAGUUUUAUUAACGAACCUUGAUCUGCGAUGAAGGGGAAGAUACACAAUUUUAUAAUAUGGUUUCUGGCAGUGAUGCCCUCAUCGGAGGAGGAAAGCCAGUGGCUCGUUGGCAGCGGGGGCGGCCUCGCACCCUCCGGCGGCAGCGCGACGAAGACGAGCGCGGGCGAACGUGGCCUGAACACUAGGACCGGUCUUUACACCGAGGAGAUGACGACGCAGCCGACGAGCGUCGCCACAGCCGGCGUGAACUCGGCUUCGGCCGAUUCCGCGGAGCACGACCUCAUUGACUCCACCGCAGACGCGACCCUCUUGGCGCAGUUUCACGAGGACGCCAUUAAGCAGGCUGGAGUUGGUUACUUCCAAAUAUUUGCCGCUUUCUGUACAGGCUUGAGUCUUGCAGCUGACACUGUUGAAUUUUUUGUUGUUCCUUACAUACUGCCAAGUGCAGAAGUUGAGCUGUGCAUCGAAGAUAACGAGAAAGGAUGGCUUGGCAACAUUACUCUUAUUGGUCUUGCAUUGGGUGGUUUAUUCUGGGGUGGCCUCGGGGACAGGUUGGGAAGACGCAGGUCUCUCCUAUCGGCCAUGUCUGUACAUGCUCUGUUCAGCGGUGUUGCGACAUUUAUGCCCACUUAUGGCACUUUUAUGACAGCUAGAUUCUGUUCAGCUCUUGGAGUAGGAGGAGCUGUACCGCUGGCAUAUGCAUAUCUCGCGGAAUGUUGUCCACGAAUAAACAGAGGCCGUUGGACGGGAAUACUCGUGGCGGCGUGUGCGCUCGGAGGUGUCUACGCCGCACUCUUGGCUUGGGCAGUGGUACCCACGACAGGAGAGAUGGUCGUUCUGGAAAACAAGGAACACUUUAGCGCUUGGCAUCGUUUCCUGUUAUUAUGUUGUUUGCCGGCGUUGUGCUCCACAUUUGGUCUUAUCUUUCUACCGGAAAGUCCGAGAUAUCUUGUAGAGGCCGGUCGAGAUGUGGAAGCGAUGAUGGUUUAUCAGAAAAUAUAUAAAAAAAAUAACGCCCGGAAAAGUGCAACAGGUACACAGUAUCAACUCUCUGAAUUGGAACUUCCGACUAAAAGACCUCGCGGCUUGGCUCCGCCAUCUCCAUGUAAUAAUCAUACUAGCGUUUUGGCGGACAUAAUAUAUUCGAUCGAAAUGUUCUGGAAUUCUUUCUUGGAAUUAUUCACCGCACCCCAUUUACGCGUGACUUUAAUUCUAUUGAUUAUCUGGUCUGCCGCUUCAUUCAGUCUUUAUGGUCUUAUGAUAUGGUGUCCUGAAUAUCUGAAACUUCUACGUGCAAUGGAAUACAAAGCUCAUACCGAACACUUUUAUGAAAAGGAUUAUAAUAAUAUAACGUUUACUGGUCCUUGGGAAAAUCGUCAGUACAAAGAUUCUAGGUUUUCAAAUUGCAGAUUCACUAAAAUGGUAUUUAGCCAUGUCGAUUUUGACAAUUGCACGUUUCAAUCAGUGGAGUUCAGUAGCAUUAAGUCUAGCAAAACUCAUUUUAGAGACAGUUUUAUUUUACAUUCAAUAUUUAUUGAUACAGAUUUAUCUGCACAAGUUUUCACUAGAUGUAAAUUGAAGAAUAACACAGAGUUAAGUUUAAGCGGGCCCUGUCCGACUCUCGAUUUGGAUUAUAAUAUUUAUAUCGAAGAGGCGUUGCAUGCUCAUCUCGUUGCUCAAUUGGCUUUCGUACCUGCUGCCGCGCUCGCAGGUUUAGCGCUUACCGUUCUUCAGCGGCCAAAAUUAAUUGGUCUUUCGCUUUUUUUCUCUUCCGUUGCUGCGUUGUGUCUGAUGUUAAUUCACAGAAACAAUUCAGCAGUUUUGGGUUUUGAAGGUGGCUUUACAGCCCUGUUUGCUGUUGCAUGGACAUCGUUAACUUUGGUGACAGUCGAGAGCUUCCCCACACAUUUGCGGUGCACUGCUUUUGGACUUAUAGCAGCAGCUAUAAGAAUAUCUGGUCUGAUAGGAACUGCAACAUAUCAAACAUUAGUGGGUGCGUCAUUAAUUGCACCUGCGCUAUUGACAGCAUUGGUAUUAUUGAUCGCUAGCGCUGCAACUUUUAAAUUGCCUCAUACUCAUAAUGUCUUCUUAUAAGCUUUCUAUUAAUAGAAUGUCAGCAAUGCAUAUCCAAAAUUGAAAAUUUGUUGUUCCAUAUGAAGCGAACUUAUUUGAUGCUUUGCAAACUGAAGAAUUGGAUUCUCACAGAAUAACCUCGAAUACGUCGGAGAUAGAGAAGAGAAUCAGGCAUGUAAAAAAUGCUAUCUUUUAUUCUUUAUUCUUAGAAUUUAUUCACGAAAAAUGAUGUUCAAGACAUGUCAAUAAUUUGUUGAUCAAAAA